UUCCGCUGUCUGUUAAGGAUAAUGGCUGCCGCCAUCGUGAGGGGAGUGGGGUCUAACCUUGCAAGAAAUCUUCGGGAAGUCCGCUUGCAUUUUUGCCAGACUUCACCGGCAAGUCUUGGCGCAAGGGAUUUUGUCGAGCAACACUAUGUUACUCUGAAGAAAGCAAACCCCGAAUUCCCCAUCUUAAUAAGAGAAUGUUCGGGUGUCCGGCCCAAACUGUGGGCACGAUAUGAUUAUGGCAAAGAACAGAGUGUUGCGUUGGACAACAUGAGUGUUGACCAGGUGGCGAAAGCGCUGGAGACGGUUGUGAACACAAAACCGUGAUCACUCUUUCAAGCAUCAAAUAUUUCUCUGUGAUGUUGAAAUGUACUUGUUGUAAGUUAUAAAUAAAAGAAUUGCUUA